UUACUACUACUUAUUGCACGGCAUGUUUGGGAGGAUAUCCCUGGCGUUCAUCAUCGUCACUAUUGCAGCGUUCCUCUGCGCGCAAUCCGUAGACGCUGCAAAGGGACCAAAAAUUACUCACAAAGUUUACUUUGACAUCAAGCAUGGCGACAAGGAUUUGGGCAGAGUUGUCAUGGGUCUCUAUGGCGGAACCGUUCCCAAGACCGUCGAGAAUUUCCGCGCCUUGGCCACCGGCAAAGAUAAGGACGGCAAUGACCUCGGUUAUGGUUACAAGGGUUCGAAGUUCCACCGUGUCAUCAAAAAUUUCAUGAUUCAGGGUGGUGACUUCACCAAGGGUGACGGUACUGGUGGCAAGUCUAUCUAUGGUGACAGGUUUCCGGACGAAAACUUCAAACUCAAGCAUACUGGUCCCGGUACACUUUCGAUGGCGAAUGCUGGGAAAGAUACCAACGGCUCACAAUUCUUUAUUUGUACCGUCGUGACGAACUGGCUGGAUCGUAAACAUGUUGUGUUCGGCCAAGUUCUCGAAGGAAUGGACAUUGUUUAUGCUAUUGAGGACGUUCCCAAGGGUAGUAACAAUAAACCACUAGAAGAUGUCGUCAUUUCCGACUCUGGAGAGUUGCCUAUCGAGCCGGUUUACGAUACGGAUGGAAAAGAGGUACCACUCCGUGCUGAGCUCUAGUCCAGUACUCAUGUUUUGAGCAAUUUUGUCAAUAAAACACGUCAUAUUUAACAGGACUUCAAUAUUGAACCCACUUCGAUUUCUGGACUCGCCCCUGCUUCCCUCAGCAAUCCCGAGAGCACAGGUUUACCAGCGCUCAGCGAGAAGAUGGACAUUACCUCGGUGUUCUCGUUGCUUUGGCGGGAGCAUUAUAUCGGUAUAUUAUUCGUUCUAUCGGCUGGUACCUUCGCUUGGUGCAUGUGGUGUGGGGGACUCCGCAUUAUGCGCCGUACGCUACGUCGUUCCCGUGGCACCAGCUAUAGUCGUGUCCGUGACGAAGACCUCGAGAAAUGAGUUAGCGAUAUCACUCCUAUAUCACUCCUUUGACUUUUCACUCCUUGAAUUCGUGUUUUCAACUGGGACCUCUGAAUGCUUUAUUCUUUAUAUCUCUAAUGUCUGAGUCGGAGGGUAGUAGAUACGUAAACCUAUGUUUGGUUGAUCAGUAUGGAAAUGCGAGU